AUGGUUCAAGAACCGCUUCUGCCUUCGCAGUCCCGGGCCUGCUCCCUACACCAGAAGCGAGAUACGCCUCUGAUCAGCCCCUGGAUAUCAACAUCUCAGCUCAUAGUUAUUCCCCAGUCUCCCAAGCUUAACAGAGAUAAACAACAUCCGGACCUCUUCCGGAAGCACUCUAUCUUCUCAUCCCCUUUCGGUCUGAUAGGGCUGACUUCUCAUCCCCGGCGCGUGAUAGGUGCGUGUGCACAAGAGAACCAAACAGCAGAAAACCCACCGGAUUCCCCGGAAAUGUCACAGUACUCUGUUCUGGCCAGGACGGUUGUCUUGACCAACUUCAUCAAUGCAACUACAAGCAUGGUUGAGCAGAGCACUCCCUCCACCGACAACGCCAACACCAGCAGCACUGGCAGCGAUUCAGCCCCUUCCAUCAGCCCUCCGCUCUCUGAUCAGGAACAAGACGACUCUGAUUCUUUGAUGCCUCCACCGAAAACUGUGGUUGGAAGAGCUCUUGGCAAUGAAUGCCUUUCGGGCGGUUCCCAAAACGCCUCGACCCACGCUGGUGUCGGGAGCGCUUUGACGGACACCCCGAUAUCUACCGCGCCGCCAUCGCCCCAGAUCAACCCGAGAUCUCACACCUCUGGCACCUCGACACCUGGAAAAACCCGUGCGACAACUCUCGACAUACCCGGUCUCACCAAAUCCAAGGUCUCUCCCGACGGCCGUAUCGCUCAGCGUGAUGUCGGCUCCAAACUCGUCAUCGUCAUGGUUGGCUUGCCCGCCAGAGGCAAGAGCUAUAUCACCAAGAAGAUGUCACGCUAUUUGAACUGGCUACAGCAUGACACAAGGAUUUUCAAUGUGGGAGCCCGUCGACGCGUCGCUGCUAGUGGUGAAGGCCCUGAUAAACACAGGGCCAAGGUCCCUGAACUGCACGAGCCCGAAAAGGAGCCGGAAGUGAAGCCAGACGACGAGACCGACAAGGAGCCUGAACAGGAGCCAGCUACCGUCGAGGAAGAGCUGAGGGAUUCCCUUCGCGACAUAGUCCCCGAAAGGAAGCCCUCAGAGAGCGAGGAGGUCCAGAAACAAGUUGACGCUACCCUUGCCGUCCCACCUGCCAGAAUCUUGGUUAAUGGCCGCCCUUUGGAAGAUCCUCGUCUUGAAAUGCACGCCGCUAGCCCAAUGACCGACGUUGGCUCUCGCACACCUGCUGACAAGAGCCCGAGUGCUUCGAGUUCGGAGAGUGCCACUCGCAAUGGCGAGACUCAGGAACAGGAAAAGCCUGACAACGAGGCACAUGAAGCCAUGGACCAAUCGGCACAAUUUUUCGACCCGGAAAAUCAGCGUGCGUUACAGCUCAGAGAAAGGGUUGCUUUGGAAACCUUGGAUGAGUUGUUAGACUACAUCCUAGAGCAGGGAGGCAGUGUUGGUAUCCUCGAUGCGACGAACAGCACUAUCAAGCGUCGCAAGGGCCAUCAUGGACCACAUCCGUGCACGAGCCGGUCCCGAUUUGAAACGUCUUGUUCGUUGAGAGCCAGUGUCUGGACCCAGAACUUGUUUAGACUCUCUGGUCCCGACUACAAGGGUAUGGAUCCUGCUGUCGCCCUGGCAGAUUUCAAGAAACGUGUGGUCUUGUACGAAAAGUCAUACGUCCCUCUCGGCGAAUAUGAAGAGGCGAAUGAUAUCCCGUUUGUCAAGACCAUUGAUGUUUGCCGAAAGGUAGUCGCAUUCGAGGUGAACGGCUUUCUGUCCUCUCAGGUUGUUUACUACCUCCUCAACUUCAAUUUGUCUCCUCGUCAGAUUUGGAUUUCUCGCACCGGUGAGAGUCUUGAUGAUGUCUCUGGCAGGAUUGGAGGUGACUCGCAACUGAGUGAACACGGAGUCCGUUAUGCUCGUGCCCUCGCAGCAUUCAUUGACUUUAGGCGCGGCAUGUGGGAGCUUGCCAGGAAGACCAAGGCAAAAUCAAGCCAUUUCCCACCCCGGCCUGGUGACAGCACGCCCCCCAACCCCCAGCGUUCUCUCUCAAUUGUCGAGAACGACCUCAACUUUUGCGUGUGGUCGUCGAUGAUGCAGCGCUCCAUCCAGACGGUGCAGUUCUUCAACGAAGACAAAUACGAUGUCAAAGAAAUGCGCAUGUUGAACGAACUAAAUGCCGGUAAGAUGGAAGGCAUGACGUACGAAGAGAUCCGUGAGAAAUACCCGGAAGAUUACGCCUCACGUCGUCGACAGAAGCUGCACUAUCGGUACCCAGGCGUUGGGGGAGAAGGAUAUCUCGAUGUCAUCAACCGUCUCCGUGCCGUCAUCAUCGAAGUCGAACGCAUGACCGAUCACGUUUUGCUCGUUGGCCACCGGUCUGUUGCAAGGGUCCUGCUGGCGUACUUCCUCGGACUCAAAAGGGAGAUUCUAACCGACUUGGAUGUGCCUCUUGGGACCAUCUAUGCUCUCGAACCAAAUGUGCUUAAGAGGUCUGAUGCAGCUACUAACAUCGCAUUACCCUUAAAGAAACCGUAUGGCGUUGAGUUUAAGGUCUUCCGAUACAACCCCGAGAAACAGUGGUUCGAUGAGGUUCCCAACUACGAACUGAAGCACGAGACCUACUACUAG